AUGGACUCCGGCAAACAGGCCGAGGCCUACCGAACUGAGACAGUCCCUGCCGACUAUUUCGACAACGAAGGAUGUGCUGAACUCACUCGCACCCUAUCUCAGCUCAGUCAACCGCAGCUAAACGAUGCGCAAGGAGCAACAACAGGAGAUCGAUCUUCUGCAUUGGGAACACUUGUCGAGGAUGGGGCCGAAGAAGACAAGUUUGACUUUGAGGAUCGCGUUCGCACAGCGCUUGACCGCAUGGACGAGGAAGGAAUCAAGCAUCGUUCACUGGGUGUUGGCUUUGUCGAUUUGACCGUUCGUGGUCUAGGCGCUGCAGCCAAAUACCAAGAAACCGUGCUCUCUAUGGUCUCUCCCAUUCAAUGGGUGCACAAGCUGAGCGAGUUGCGACAUCCGCCUGUCAAGGACAUUCUCACUGGCUUUACGGGUACCGUGAAGAGUGGCGAGAUGCUGUUGGUGCUGGGAUCCCCAGGCAGUGGUUGUUCCACCUUCCUGAAAGUGCUUGCAAAUCAACGCCAGGGGUACCAUGAAGUCCUAGGGGAUGUCUCGUACGAUGGAAUGCGGCCUGAACACCUGGCCAAGCACUAUCGAGGAGGCAACUUUCUUUCCUCUCGACCGCUUGAACGAUUACUAAAGGACGACACGCACUUUCCCUCCCUGUCAGUCAAGGACACACUCACCGUUGCUUCCAAGAUGCGUGCGCCUCAGACGCGUAUCUACAACACCACUCGGGCCGACUUUAUUGAGGGCGUGGUACAAACCUUGGCUACUGUCUUUGGUCUCCGACAUACUUUCAAUACUCCAGUUGGUAACGAAGCUAUCCGAGGUGUCAGUGGUGGCGAGAAGAAGCGAGUCAGUAUUGCGGAGAUGAUGGCCUCCCGAGUACGCAUCGGAUGCUGGGACAACUCGACCCGUGGGCUUGACUCUAGUACAGCACUUGAGUUUGGUCGCGCAUUGCGUAUCGCUACCGAUGUUGGACGAGCUACCACUGUCGUCAGCAUCUACCAAGCAUCCGAGUCACUCUACAAGCUCUUUGACAAGGUCUGCAUCAUCUAUGCUGGCAGGCAAAUCUACUAUGGCCCGGCCGAGCAUGCUCGACAGUACUUCGUCAACAUGGGCUGGGAACCUGCACCUCGUCAAACAACACCUGAUUUCCUGGUGGCUGUUACAGACCCUCUCGCACGCACUCCUCGUGCCGGUUGGGAGAACCGCGUACCUCGUACCGCCGACGAGUUUGUUGCCUACUGGAACAAGAGCCCCGAGGGACAAGUCAACCAAGCCGAUGCCAUGCGUUACCUACAGGCUCCCGACGACGAUGUCGCACCCAAGAUGCAACUAUACAAGGAGUCGGCCCGUGCUGAGCGAGCAAAGACGGCUCAUCCCAAGAGCUCGUACACUGUCUCGCUCGCGAUGCAGGUCCGCGGCAUCAUGCUUCGUCGUCUUCAGAUCCUUCGCGGAGAUAUGGCAGCCCAGAUCGUGAUGAACGUGGUGUUCAUGCUUCAGGCGGUCAUCAUGGGUAGCGUGUUCCUCAAGAUGCCAGCGGCUACGAGCGCAUACUUCUCGCGUGGUGGUGUUUUGUUCUUUUCGGUUCUCUUUGGUGCUUUGAGUGGAAUGGCUGAAAUUGCCGCUAUGUAUUCGCAACGUCCGAUUGUAGCAAGGCAUCAAAAAGCCGCUAUGUACCAUCCGUUUGUUGAGGCGCUGGCAUUGACUGUUGUUGACAUUCCUAUUACAUUUGUUACACAAGUUCUGUUCGGUAUUAUCUUGUAUUGGAUGACGGGUCUUCAAAAGGACGCCGCCAAAUUCUUCAUUUUCGUCUUGUUCACUUUUUUGAUGUCGCUCACGAUGAAAGCAUUUUUCCGCGGAAUCGCAGCGAGCUUUGCACGGGAAUCGACUGCUCAGGCCGUUGCCGGAAUUAGCACGUUGAUUCUUGUCCUCUACACCGGUUACACGAUUCCUAAGCCUACCAUGAUCGGGGCGCUCAAAUGGCUCACGUAUAUCAACCCUGUUCGUUAUGGGUUCGAGGCCCUCAUUGUUAACGAGUUCCAUGGCUUGGAGGGAGAAUGCUCUAGCUUAAUCCCGUCGGGUCCUGGGUACGAAGGCAUCAGCCUCCAGAACCAAGUGUGUACUACUGUCGGCUCUGUUCCUGGUCAGCUAUUUGUCGACGGAGACGCUUUUGCGGCUGCCUCGUACGACUACCACUACAAGAACCUGUGGAUGAACUUUGGCAUCGUCAUCGCGUUCUGGGUUGCCUUUGUCGCAUGGUUCCUGGCUGGUACCGAACGUGCCGGCCAUGCUUCGGGAGGGGCCACUCAGCUUGUUUUCAAGCAAAAUGCCAAGAUUCCGUCGAUCGGCUCGUCUUCAUCUGGAAAAGAUACUGAAAAGGGCUCGGUUUCUCCCGAUGUUGUUGCAGAGAAGAAACGGGUUGAUGGACAAGCGGCACAGAACAAGCUUGUCAAGGCCAAUGCCGUGUUUUCGUGGCACCAUCUCAACUACGAGAUUGAUGCUGGUGGAGGUAAGAAGAGGCGACUCUUGGACGAUAUCUCCGGCUUCGUUGCUCCUGGCAAGAUGACGGCGCUCAUGGGUGAAAGUGGUGCUGGCAAGACGACCUUGUUGAACGCAUUGGCCGAGCGGAUUAGCAUGGGCGUGAUUACCGGCGAUCGCCUUGUCAAUGGUAACCCCCUUCCAAAGGAUUUCGCGUCCCAGACUGGCUACGUUCAACAAAUGGAUAUACACUUGGAGAGUACAACCGUUCGAGAGGCUUUGAUGUUCUCGGCUCAGCUCAGGCAGCCUGCCAGUGUUCCCAUAGAAGAAAAGCGUGCCUACGUCGAAGAGGUGAUUAAAAUGUGCGCCAUGGAAGCAUACGCAGACGCUAUCGUUGGAAUUGUUGGUGAAGGCCUCAACGUCGAACAACGCAAACGGUUAACCAUCGGUGUCGAGUUGGCUGCCAAGCCGCAGUUGCUUCUUUUCCUUGACGAGCCCACCUCCGGUCUUGAUUCCCAAUCCGCAUGGGGUAUCAUUGAAUUCCUGAAAUCUUUGGCCGACCAAGGACAGGCCAUUCUCUGCACCAUCCACCAACCGUCCUCUGAGCUUUUCCAAUCUUUCGAUCGCCUUCUUCUCUUGCGCAGGGGUGGUCAGACAUGCUACUUUGGCGACUUGGGCGAAAAUUCUUCUACUUUGAUCUCAUACUUUGAACAAAACGGAGCUCGUAAAUGUCAGUCUGACGAGAACCCUGCUGAAUACAUGCUCGACGUUAUCGGUGCCGGUGCAACUGCCACAAGUGCCAUCGAUUGGCAUGCGACAUGGAAGGCAGCUCCAGAGUCAUCCGCCCUUGAACAGGAGCUCACGAAGAUGCACUCUGAGGGGCGAAAUAAUGCCUCGACUACUGAGCAAGAACAGCCUGAAUAUGCAACUGGCUAUAUGAACCAGCUGUCCGCUCUUUUGAUUCGAGCUUUCCGCCACUACUCCCGCAAUCCGACGUAUAUCAUGGGCAAAAUCGUCUUGAACGUUGCUUCGGGUCUUUUUAUCGGCUUCACAUUCUUCAAAGCUAAUAACUCGAUUCAAGGAUCUCAGAACAAGCUCUUUGCGAUCUUCAUGUCUACCAUUCCGGCCGCAUCUCUCAGCAAUCAGCUCCAAGUUCAGUUCAUCAACUUCCGUAAUAUCUACGAGAACCGCGAGAAACAGAGCAAAAUGUACUCCUGGGCCCCUAUGGUUACCGCAAGUGUCUUGGUUGAACUUCCAUACAACAUCUUUGGCUCUUCGCUGUACUUUUUGUGCUGGUACUGGACUGUAGGGUAUUCUAGCGUGGCGGAUCGCGCCGGUUAUACAUUCAUGCUUCUCUGUGUUGCUUUCCCGCUCUACUAUACUACCUUCUCCCAAGCUGUGGCGGCAAUGUCUCCAAAUGUGAUGAUCAGUGGUCUUUUGUUCAGUUUCUUUUUUUCAUUCACAAUGAACUUCAAUGGUGUGCUCCAGCCCUAUUCGCAGCUCAUUCCUUUCUGGAAAUGGAUGUACCGCCUGUCUCCUCUUACCUACCUCAUUGAGGGACUGCUUGUCAACGGCAUCGGGAACAUGGAACUCACUUGCUCUCCUACUGAGAUUCAGACCAUCGUCCCCCCCUCCGGUCAGACUUGCUCGUCCUACAUGAGCCAGUAUAUCAGCAUGGCUGGAGGCUACCUUGCGAACCCUGAUGCCUCAUCGGAUUGCCAGUUCUGUCCACAGAGCACGACUGAUACUUAUUUAGCUUCGCUGAAUAUGUCAUACUCUCACCGCUGGAGAAACGUUGGAAUUAUGAUUGCUUUUGCCGCUUUUAACGUCUUUUUGGUGUACGUGGGCACAUGGCUUUUCCGCGUCCACCGCGGAAACCCGUUUUCGCGCAGGAAGUAG